AAUCAAGGUGAAUAAUACUUAUAGUUUUAUUUCGAAUAAUUUAAGGUCAGUAAAUACGUUGACCAUGUAUAUGAACAAUCCAACGCUCAUCUGAUUCAGAUGUGCAAGAACUUGAAAAGUUUUUGUGUUGUGGUGGAUAGUUGGACUGAACAUUUUACUGGAAUCAAUUAUUGUGGUAUUGCUUUACGAUUUGUUGAUGAUGAUUAUAAACUUUGGUCAUUUAUUUUGGGUUGUUAUCCAUACGAUGCACCUAGCCAUUCAGCUGUACAUUUUCGUACAUUUGUUGAUAAUAAAUUACAAGAAUAUAAUUUACAACUUGACAUUUCUAAAUUUGUUGUUUCGGAUAAUGAACCGAAAAUGUUAGCGGCAUUUCGAGAUAAAUGUACUAGAAUUGGUUGCUCCGACCAUUAUUUAAACAAACAAUUACAACAUGGAUUCGAAUCUCCAACUAUUCAUGUAAACAAAAAUACGGUGGAAAAGGUGAAUUGUGAAGCUGCUCAAAAAACUUUUCGUCAAGUAAAACAACUUGUUACGGAUGUCAGACGUUCACAUCGUCGACAGCAGCUAUCUAUGAAAUUACAAAUAUAUAGUCAAACUCGUUUUAGUGGAGCUAUGAUUAUGCUCGAUAUAUUUCGAAAAGUGUUUUAUGAAUUACCAUUAGUAAUAAUCAAUAGCAAUUUGAUGGAUAUCUACAAUUCAAUUGAUAAACUUUCACUUGAUGAUAUUUGUCAAUUUCUUGGACCAUUUGAUGAAGUUAUUAAUACACUUAGCGAAGAUAAGCGACCUAGUUUACAUAGUGUAAUUCCAUUACGACAAUGUUUAAUUAAUAUGUGUGCAAUUGGUGAUGAUGAUUCAACAGCUGUAGCUGAAUUGAAAGUAUUCUUAGCUCAUCGAAUUAAAAGUGCUUGGCUUAUUACAACUGAACAUAAGCUGGCAACAAUUCUUCACCCGAAAAUGAAGAAUUUUGAAAAUUCUCCAGAUGAAAAAGAUAGUGCUAUUUCUGAAUUAAAAUUAGCAUUUGACAAAGAAUUGAGUAUUUCAUCAUCAUCCAUUUGUUUAUUAAAUUCUAAUCAAGAUAUGUCCUUGUCUUUAUCCGGUCAAAAUACAAAUGGUACAACAUUAUCAUCUAAAAAUAAAAGUCUUUUAACUCAAUGUUUUGAUAAUGUAUCUAAUGUAUGUGUUAAACCACCAAAUCAAUAUCAAGAAAUCGAUGAUUAUUUAAAUAUUAGUGAUAAUUACAAUUAUGUUUAUCAUGAAAAUGAUGAUAUUGAUGUGUUAUCUUACUGGAAAGAGAAAAAAAUCAAUUUCCCACAUUGGCGACUUUAG